AAGCGCGGCCAUUUUCUUUUAAUAUCGCCAUUUCGUUUCUUCAAUGAGAUGGAAAAUGGAAAUGAAAAGUGAGACAGAAAUAAGUUGUCUAUUGUGAUUUUUGCUUUAUUUAACAUUAUUUUGACUAUAGUUAAGAGAAAAGUUGAUUUAUAAACUACUAUUAGGGGUUUACUGAGCUGACUAUGAGGAAGUGAGGCGCUGAGAGCCGCGAGAUGUUCACGACGAGCACGGUGCAGGCCGGCGCUGUGCCCACGCUGCAGUAUCAGGACCACAACGCACAAAAAUCUCAAGGGAAAAAUAUUGAAAAUGCUCAGCAAAAGAAUACUUCCCAGGCUCAGCAACAGCAGCAGGAGUUCCCCACCUUCUGCUACACAACCACCAAUGUCAACAUGAUAGGCAAGAUAGGUACCAACACCACGGGGGCUGCGGGCGUCCCAGCCAGUGUCAACAUAGCCCAGCUCACCACUGGGGAUGACAAGACUUGCUACAUCGCACAACCAUUCUCCUACAACUAUGCAUUGGUCAAUCAAAUGCAAAUUGCACCCAAUGGAAUCCAGAAUACUAUAUCCAACAUUAGUUUCAAGUGUGAUGUCUGUGGACUCAUGUUUGGACAUUUGUCACUGUUGAAUGCACAUAAAAGAAUACACUCCCAAGAUACUGAUGGUAACAUAACAGUGGUGGCCACGGGAGUGAGCUCUGGCAAUGACGUGGGAAUGCCCCCGCACAUACAGAUCCUGUCAUCCGACGCCGACCAGCAGCAACACCAUGUGCAGUUACAAGACACAAAACCAGUGAUAGUGGACACCAUCAAAGUUCAGAAAUGCAUCACAUGUGGAGGCACCAUACCCAGUAAUCCCAAGCGAAAAGGACCUAAACUAAUCCGAUGUGAAAACUGUAUUGCACAAGACUCUGUUGAACAACAAAGAAAUAAUCAAAUGAACACGACGCAAAUCUUCGUGGCGUCGGACGACAACGUGAAGUUCGAGGUGGGCGCCGUGAGCGCGCCGCCCGCCGCCGACCCGCUCGCGCCCGCGCAGACCACGCAGCCGCAGCAGGCGCAGCAGCAGCAGAAACCAUUACCAGGACACCAUCCAGUGAAAAAACGCAACCUAGCCUCCGUGGCAAAGUGCACAAACUGCAACGGCUCGGGCAUCAUCUUCAUCGGCGGCAACAAGAACAAGCUGAAUCAGUCCAACGCGGAGAAGCCGUUCCACUGCAACAUCUGCGGGGGCUCCUUCUCCAGAUACUCCUCGCUGUGGUCGCACAAGAAGCUACAUUCUGGCGAGAAGAAUUUCAAGUGCGGCAUCUGCGGUAUAGCGUUCGCGAAAGCAGUGUACCUGAAGAACCACUCUAGGAUUCACACUGGGGAAAAACCUUAUAGAUGUAACACAUGUGGCAUGCAGUUCUCACAAUCACCGCAUCUGAAGAACCAUGAAAGAACACAUUCAGGAGAGAAACCUUACGUUUGUGAGGUAUGUGACAAGGGCUUCGCCAGGCACGCGACUCUGUGGAACCAUCGGCGCAUCCACACUGGAGAGAAACCUUACAAGUGCGACACGUGCGGCUCGGCGUUCAGCCAGGCGGCGCACCUCAAGAACCACGCCAAGGUGCACUCCGGCGAGAAGCCGUUCAAGUGCGACAUCUGCACCGCCGCCUUCGCCGACCGGUUCGCGCUCAAGCGGCAUCGUAACAUACACGACAAAUACGGUCAGACGGCCCCGCUGCCGUCGCGGAUAUCGCAGGACCAGGGGCAGAACUCGGACCAGGCGCAGGCGGCGGCGGAGGGGGAGCAUCAAGACGCACUAUGAACAUACACCACCACUUAGUUUAAAUUAAAUCAUACAAUGCAAUCGAGUCUUGUGCUACUCAAAGACUAAAUAAAUGAAUAGGAACUUGGUACAAAAAAUAUGACGAGGGUCAUUUUUUAAAUUCAGAGCAGGUAUUUAAAACCGUACUUGCAUCACAACUUUAAUCCUUUCCAUGUCCCUUGAAUCGCAAAUGAUACAUAUGAGUAUCAAUAGUUUUAUGUAGGGUGACUUUAAUUAAUUAAUGUCACCAGAAUGGAAACUGUUGCUCAAAGGAAAUAUUUACACAAGAAAAAUUAUAAUUAUGAUGUUUACCCUGUGACUACAGGUGUAUUGGCAAUAAUAUUCAUAAACAAUUUGAAUCAAAUUGUUUCAAUAUAAUGAAUGCUUCCUUUGGCUCAAGAUUUAUAUAUUAUUAACAUCUUAUGUUAUGAUAAUAAUAUUUAUUUUCCCUCCCGGUGACAUUAAAACGUCCAAGAAUAAAUAAUGGGAUAGGAAAACAGUUUAUGCUGAGUUUCGCGAAGGACUAAAGUCGGUCUUAAAUCUAUUACAGUGUUGGAUCGACAGUUUACGGACAGAAAGUGACAAACAUAGAUUUAAGGACGACUUUAGUUUGUGCAAAUCGGCAUUAGUCUGUCUAAUAUUAUAUUUAUGUACAACAUUAUUAAAUGCUGAUAAUAAUUUACAGGCUUCAUUGUUUUUUAAUGAUUUGGUCGUAGUAUAUUCAUAAUUUACUACAGGUGACAUAUCUUUAGGGUUAAUAGGCAGGGAUAACUGCAAACUGUAGCUGACACUGCCAAUUUUAUGUAAAUUGUGAAGAUAAGUGUACAGAACUAGGAUAGGAAUUAUUUUGUUAUACUUUUUGCUAUUAGUAUUAAUUGUUUAUGGCAUAAUGUAUUGAAGCCCAUUUAACUUAUUGAAAAUAUGAAGCAAAUAGACUGUUUAAUUUAAUAAGGUGUGCAAAGUGGCCUGUGAAACAAUAAUGUUAUAAAUUUAUUUGGCUGUGGAUUCUACAAUUUAUAUUCUAAAUAAGAUCAUGGACAAACUAUAACUCCCACACACAUGUCAGUGUUUCUCUCAAUAUUAAUAGUUUAUACACUACUGUAAAUAUCCGUGCAAUCAUAGACGCCUACUUGUGAUUUUAGUAUAUUAGUAAACCUAUCUGUUACUCAUCAAGGAAAUGGAUGGUUUGAGGAAAAUCUGUGUAUUUAAUUUGAAUGCAAUGAACUAAAAUUAUCUUCAAACCAUCUAGUUACUGUUGCAUCAGAGUGAUGCUUUUUAAUUUUUAGACUAAAUUUUAUAUUACAUACUUACUACCUAAUAAUACUAAUUAUAGUAAAAUACAAGCAA